AUGGUGAGCAAGCUUAGCAAAGACGCCUCCUACAACUUCCUCCACCUCCACGCCUCCCACCACGCCGACCUCCUCGAAGAAUUCAACCGCACCCUCCUCCAGCCCGACGACAUCUUCGUCCCCUCCCAUCUCCAACCACUGAACCCGGAGGACGAAGACGACGUCGUACCGGACCAGCACGCGGCGUUCGGGAUCACGCGCGCCACCCAGACAGUGAAGGAGCCGGUGUGGCGCGACCUAGGGCUGGAGGAGCUGCUGAAGAGGAAGCCAGAGGGGACGGAGGAUCUGGGGAAGAAGCUGAAGGCGGUCACGAUUCGGUGA